AUGGAAUUAUCAAAAAUGAAUCCUAAAGAAAAUAAAAGAAAUUUAUGGGAAGAAUUACAUGUUACAAUUUCUACUAUUGGUUUAACUACUGAAUCAGCAGAAGAGAUAGAUGAUAAAAUAGUUUAUAUGGAAGAUUUAGAAAAAAGAAAACAAGCAUAUGGAAUAUGUGGAGAAUGUAAUGAACCUGGCACAGGAUCUAAAUGGUGUCAACCUUGUAAUGCUAAAAGAUUUAAGGAUAACUUUAAAAAUUGGACUUGUGGAAAUAAAGAUAUUGAUGAAUUUAUACAACAAUCACAACUUAAUACUGUUUACUGUACUAAAUAUCUUGAAUGGAUACCUUUUGAAAAUUUUAAAGAUAUUACUUAUAUUACCAGAGGUGGAUUUGAAUGGAAUAGGGGUGCUAAUACAAAAGUUGCAUUAAAAAGUUUGGACAAUUCUUCUUGUAUAAGUACAGAAUUUUUAAAUGAGAUUUAUCUUUAUAAUGUUAUUCAAUGUUAUGGAAUAACUCAAGAUCCAAAUACCAAAGAUUAUAUAAUGGUUUUAGAAUAUUAUGGAUAUGGAAAUUUUAGAAAUUACUAUCUCAAUAAUGAAUUAGAUUAUUAUUCAAAAAUUUAUAAAUUACAAGAAAUUGCAAUAGGACUUCUAGAUAUUCAUAAUGCUGGAAAAGUUCAUAAAGAUUUUCAUUCAGGCAAUAUAUUAUCUGCAAAUAAUGAAAAGCAAUCAGUUAAACAAGAAGGAAUUUAUGGAGUAUUACCCUAUAUGGCACCAGAAGUUUUACGCGGAUAUCAAUAUACAAAAGCAUCUGAUAUUUAUUCAUUUGGAAUAAUGAUGAAUGAAUAUAUAUCUGAAGAAACUCCUUAUAAUACUAAUAUUCCUCAUAAUCAUGCUUUAUCUAUUAAAAUAUGUAAAGGACUUAGACCAAAUAUUUUUAAAUAUACACCAAAAUUACUUGCAGAUUUGAUUACUAAAUGUUGGGAUGCAAAAGCAGAAAAUAGACCAACUGCUAAGGAAUUGUAUCAAAUAUUAUAUAAAUGGGAUAAUGAAGAAUAUGAUGAUAGUGAUACUGAAUCUCAAGUAGAUGAAUAUGAUGAUAAAAUAAAAUUAAACAGAACAAGUGAAAAAAGAUCUAGCAACAUUCAAACACAUCCGCAAGCAAUCUAUACUAGUAGACUUUUAAAUUUCAAAAAUCUUCCAGAACCAGUAAAUUCAGGUUCAGAAUGUUUUGAUUGUCAAUUAGACGAAUUAGAUCUUAAUGAAAGUGAUCAAGAAGAAGAAAAUGAUUUUUUAUAA